CCAUCUGGGAAGCGCAAUGAGCGUCAAGGCUUUCAAGCUGGUCCCCGCAGUCGAGCGGGAAAUGCUAAUGGGCGACAGAGCUCGGAUCAAUAUCGAAUGCAUCGAAUGCUGCGGAAAGAACCUUUACAUCGGGACCAACGACGGUUCUAUUUAUCACUUCCUCUUGGAAGAAAAGAACUCCCCAUCUGAAAAGACAAGUUUUUCUGUUACCAAACAGCUGCAUAAAUACCUGAGCUCGAGGAAGGCUGUGGGUGAGUUGAAGGCCGCUUCGGCCCUCAACAGGCUCCUGGUGCUUUGCGACAGUACCAUCACACUAGUGAACAUGAUGAACCUCGAGCCCAUCCCCACGGGGGCUCGGAUCAAGGGAGCGGUGACGUUCACGUUGAACGAGAACCCGGUGAGCGGGGACCCGUUUUGUGUUGAGGUGUGCAUUGUUUCCGUCAAGCGGAGGACCAUCCAGCUGUUCUUGGUAUACGAGGACAGAGUCCAGAUUGUGAAGGAGGUUUUUACUCAGGAGCAGCCCUGCGCUGUGGCGGUGGAUGGCCACUACUUAUGCCUCGCCCUCACCACUCAGUACAUUAUACUGAAUUACAAUACUGGAGCCUCCCAGGAUCUGUUCCCUUACUCCAGUGAAGAGAGACGACCAAUUGUGAAAAGAAUAGGCAGACAAGAAUUCUUGUUGGCUGGACCUGGAGGUUUAGGUAUGUUUGCAACUGUUGAUGGCAUUUCCCAGCGUGCUCCUGUCCACUGGUCGGAAAGCGUGAUUGGGGCGGCCCUCUGCUUCCCUUACGUAGUUGCUCUGGAUGAGGAGUUCAUCACAGUUCAUAGCAUGCUGGACCAGCAGCAAAAGCAGACUCUGGCCUUUAAGGAUGGUCACAUCCUUCAAGACUUUGAAGGCAGAGUUGUCGUGGCGACCACUAAAGAGGUAUACAUCUUGGUGCCGCUACCGCUGGAAAGACAGAUCCAGGAUCUUUUGGCCAGCCACAGAGUUGAAGAAGCUCUGGUGCUAGCAAGGGGAGCACGAAGAAAUAUUCCAAAAGAAAAAUUUCAGGUAAUGUACAAGCGAAUCCUGCAGCAAGCCGGCUUUAUACAGUUUGCACAGCUUCAGUUCCUAGAAGCAAAAGAACUUUUCAGAAGCGGCCAGCUUGACGUCCGGGAGCUGAUCUCUCUCUAUCCCUUCCUGUUGCCUGCUUCCUCUUCCUUCACUCGGUCUCAUCCUCCUCUCCACGAAUAUGCUGACUUAAACCAGCUGACCCAAGGGGACCAGGAGAAGAUGGCCAAGUGCAAACGAUUCCUUAUGAGCUACUUGAACGAAGUGCGCAGCACCGAGGUCGCCAACGGCUACAAGGAAGACGUCGAUACGGCUUUACUGAAACUCUAUGCGGAAGCCAAUCACGAGAGCCUUCUGGACUUGCUGGCCUCGGAGAAUUUCUGUCUCCUUGCAGAUAGUGCCGCGUGGCUGGAAAAGCACAAAAGAUUUUUUGCACUUGGACUCCUGUAUCAUUCAAAUGGUCAAGAUGCGGCAGCACUACAGUUGUGGGUAAAAAUUGUCAAUGGAGACGUUCAGGAUUCCACGCGCAAAGACCUCUAUGAGUACAUAGUGGACUUCCUUACCUCCUGCUCUGACCACGAACUGGUUUGGAAGUACGCCGAAUGGCUCUUACAGCGAAGUGAGGAGAUUGGUGUCUGCGUUUUUACUAGAAGGCCGCAGGAAGAAGAACAGAAGAACAGCUUUAGUCCUGACGAUGUCAUGAGCUGCCUUAACAAAUACCCCAAAUCACUAGUAAAAUAUUUAGAGUUUUUGGUUCUACAAAGAAGAAUACAGAAGGAAAAGUACCAUAACCACCUUGCGGUGCUGUACCUGGAAAAAGUGCUGAGCCUGAAAUCGCUUGGGGCGGAAAGGAACGAAGAACUUGUCGAAACGCAGGCGAAGCUGCAGAGUCUCCUGCGGCAAUCUGACCUUUAUAGGGUUCACUUUAUCUUAGAUAAAAUCAGUGGCUCAGAUCUUCAUAUGGAGUGUGCAAUAUUGUAUGGCAAGCUGGAAGAGCACGACAAAGCUAUACAUAUCCUUGUCCAUGAUUUGAAGGACUUUGCUGCCGCCGAGGACUACUGUGUGUGGAAUUCCGAGAACAAAGACAUUCUUUACCGACGGAAGUUGUUCCAUAUGCUGCUUACAGCAUAUCUAAAUUCCGGCUCAUCAGAGCACGAACUGGUCAUGGCUGCUGUAGAUCUCUUAAAUAGUCACGCGGCUGAUUUUGAUGCCGCCCUUGUUUUGCGGCAUCUCCCCGACAGCUGGUCAGUGCAGCUUCUCUCCUCCUUUCUGGCUGGAGCAAUGAGGGAAAGCAUCCACGCUCAGAGAAUGUCUCAGAUUACACUGGGGUUAGCGAAAGCCGAGAAUUUAAUUUACAAGCACGAGAAGGUAAAAGUAAAAGAAAACACCACUGUUCUCUCAGACAGAAAACUCUGCCAGGUGUGUCAGACUCCCUUCUGUGAGCCUGCCUUUGUCAGGUAUCCAAAUGGCAGUGUGGUUCACACCCAUUGUGCCGCAGACAGACUUGUGACUUCAAACACAAAUCGCCACUUCUCCAGCCCCAGCGGAAGGACAUGA